UCUGAUUUCAAUUCAUUCUCAUUAUUUACUAUCCAAAGUUGAGGAAAUGGGAUGUCCCAAGAUGAUAGACUUCUGGGCUUUCAGAUACAAGACCAGUAGUACUCUGGUCACGUGUGUGGCUCCUCCUUUGGUCACCCCUACUUUAAUUCUCCGGGAUUGAGUUUCUCCAACUCCGAAUGACUUCCCAACUUGGUUACUGCUACACAGCACAGCUUCCAGAAUUUCUACAGGUAACUGGACUGGGGAUGCAGCCUAGCCCCAGUCUCCUCCCUGCACCAGCUUGCCCCAGCCUGGCCCUGCCUCCACCUCAGCUCUGAAAUCCAGACAGAGGCUGUGUUGGCCCAGAUAUGAAGUAUGAAGACCUCCAGCACUUGGAGAGUGAGGAGAAAAGCCAGAGGGGAAGAAAUGGGCUGCCUUCUGCCCAGUCCCUCCUGCAGCGUUUCUACCCCGGACCUGGUCUCCUCUUGCUGUCUCUGGGCCUCAGCCUCCUGCUGCUGGUCGUCAUCUGUGUGGUUGGAUCCCAGAAUUCCAAGUUUCAGAGGGACCUGUUGACUUUGAGAACAACUUUCAGCAACUUCACCUCAAACACUGCGACUCAGGUCCAGGCACUGACCUCCCAGGGCAACAGCUUACAAGAAACAGUAACAUCUCUGAAAGCCAAAGUGGAGGAUCACAAGCAGGAACUGCAAGCUGCCCACAGCUUGGAAGGCAGGGUGCUUUCUCUGGAGAGCAGGCUGGAGAAGCAGGAGCAGGAACUCAAAGCAGGUCAUUCUGAAAUGCUCCUGCGAAUCCAGCAGCUGGUGAAAGACCUGAACUCCCUGACUUGCCAGGUGGCUUUUUUCAAGAGCAAUGGCUCGGAGAGGACCUGCUGCCCCACUGACUGGGUGGAGCACGCAGGCAGCUGCUAUUGGUUCUCCCGCUCCGGGAAGCCCUGGCCUGAGGCAGAGAAGUACUGCCAGCUGGAGAACGCCCACCUGGUGGUCAUCAACUCCCAGGAGGAGCAGAAUUUUGUCCAGGGACGUCUAGGCCACUUAUUCACCUGGAUGGGUCUCAGUGACCCUGAGGGAGUCUGGAAAUGGGUGGAUGGAACAGAAUACAAGACCAACUUCCAGAACUGGAAGCCAGGCCAGCCUGAUGACUGGCAGGGUCACGGCCUGGGCGGAGGUGAGGACUGUGCCCACUUUCUCUAUGAUGGCAGGUGGAAUGACGAUGUCUGCCAGAGGUCCUACCACUGGGUCUGUGAGGCUGGCCUGAGGCAGGCUAGUCCGGCAAGUCACUGAGCUGCCUCUGGUUAGACCACCUGGUCAUGGACAUAGUGGUGGAAAGUGGCAUGCUUCCCCAGUGGCUUCCUAACAGGAGUUUUCUGGGAGAGGAAUAAGCCCUGGGAGAUUGAAGGCGCUAAUAUCAUUUUGAAUUUUUAUUCUCCUUAACUUUAAAAAGACAAUAUAGAUUUCCUAAGGUUCCCCCCCCUUUUAAAAUCAAGUUUAUUGAAGUAUAAUUUUUACAUAAUAAAAUGCACUCUUUAAAGAGCAGAGAUAACUUUCAACAAAUAUAGACAACUAGGUAACUACUAUUCUAGUGAGAACAUUGCUGUCACCCCCACAAGUUCCCUUUGUUCCUUUGCAGUCUAACUGCCUUCCUGUCCCCAGGCAAAUAAAGACCUGCUUUUUUUCAUUAUUGAUUGGUUUUACCUGUU